AUGUGGCUGGAGCGGCGGCUCCGGCUGCCUCCGGCGGCGCGCGUGGCCAUCCAGAGGUGUCUGGUCCUGCUGAAGGUCAGCCGGAUCGACCUCGGCUGGCGUGCCCGUCAGAUGUGCGAGCUGCCGACAUUGAGAGAAGGAGAACGAUACGAGGACGCGCUGGACGUAGAGUCGCCGCCACUGCGAGAGGGAGAGUACCGCCAGGACUGUCUGCUGGAUGAGGAGUUUCCCGUCGCAAGGGAGGAGUUUUGCCAGUACCCACUGGAGGAGGACCUGCCCUCGUGCAGCGGGGAGGUACGCUGGUGGCACUCGCUGGAUGACGAGGACGCUGACGUCACCGAUCUGCGACCGUCGGACCUGGCUGAGCUGGACCGUGGGGAGCUGGAGCAGCUGUGCUGCCAGAUGCAGAGGACGCACCGGCAGCUGAUGCGGGCUCACGAGCUGAUGCAGGCGCAGCCCAGACGGGCCAGCCGAGCCGAGCUCGAGGACGAGCUGCUGGCCUCGCAGACGCUGGUGCGGGACCUGGAAGCGGCGCUGCUGCGACGCGGUGUCCAGCCGACGACCCUACACGAGAAGAGCCUGCUCACCGAGCAAAACCUGUGGCUCUCGCGGCGGCUGCGGCAGCUGCGAGCGGCCGAGGCCAGCGCCAGGAACGAGCUGCAGGAGCUGCGAGACCAGAACGAGCUGAUGGAGUUCCGCAUCUUGGAGCUGGAGAACCGGAGGCUCGACCGAGCAGCCCGAAGGUGCGGGUGUAACAGCUGGGCAGGACAUCGUCUCAGCUCAGAUCCUGAAUGAAAACAUGGUCGCCUCUUCAGAGCCCCAGACUUUGGAGGCGGUGAGCGAGGACCGCCGUCAUGCCGUCGCGGCCGCCGGCCCUGCCGAGCCGGCGCUGCCGCAGCAGCAGCCGGCCGCCGCCAGGGAGCCAGACCUCGCCAGACCCGCUGACCAGCCGCAGCAACGGAAACAGCAAAAGACGACCAGUGUACCAGACACUGCGAGUCAGCAACAGCAGAAACAGCAGACGCAGCAGCAUGAGCGUCAGCAGCAGCAGGUGGACCUGAACACGGAGCGCCAUGAAUGGCAGCAGAAGAUGGCUUCUCUGCAGAGCACGGUGCUGGAGCUGGAGGCAGCGCUGGAGACGGCGCGCGCCCGCCCACCGCCCUCCCCGCGGGGUCCAGACUCGGUCAGAGUCCGCCCCGGCAGCGACGCCGUGGACAAGGCCAUACAGACGGAGCCGCCAGCCGCGGAGCCCGUCGACGGAGCUACGCAGACGGACGGCACGCAGGGCGCGGAGGGCGAGCUGCAGGAGCUGACCGAGAGUGCCGCCGUCCGUGUCCGCAUCGGUGUCGUGAGCAGUGGUCACGCGACGCCCUGUGACAUGAAGAAAGUGUUCUCCAACAUUUUCGGCGGGAAGAAGGAAAAGGACAAGGAUAAGAAUGAGUUGGUGAAGUGGGCGCUGGUGUGA